CUGCCUGCCACAUUUCCACUCAUUUCAUGUUAAAGAGAAGGGUUCCCCAUUUUCCUAGUACCUUCCUCGCCCCUUCCCAUUUUCAGCCACUUAUCUAGUGUAGCGUCGGCGUAUACCCGUCUCUUGAUAAUGGGGAACGCAGCUUCCUGUGCACCUUCAAUCAUCUCAAGUGGAGUAGUGAAGGUGCUAUUCCCAGAUGGGAAUAUGCAGAUGUAUACAAAACCAGUUAAAGCAGCGGAUCUCAUGUUAGAGAAUCCUGGACAAUUUGUCUGUGAUUCAAGCAGUCUAAAAGUUGGUUACAGGAUUCACGGUCUAACAGCAGAUGAAGUGCUAGAGCGACGCCAAGUCUACUUCCUUCUCCCCAUGGAAUUGCUCUACUCAGUGCUCACACAUGAGGAAAUGAGCUGUCUCACUUGCAAGGCUACCAAGGCAUUGAAACAUGCAACUUUCAAUAAUUUUGGGAAAAUUUUUCCUGUCUUUACUGAGUUUUGCAUUUUCCCGUCCGAGGCCAAGACACCAGAGAAUCCGGUGAGCAAGACAGCAGAUUCGGUGGAGAGGUAUUCCAAGCAGAGAUCGUGGAGGCCAGCAUUGGAGACAAUUGUUGAAACUCCCUGUAGGCAAUAACGAACCAAAGUUCCUAUUAUAUACAUUGUUCUUUUUUUCCUUUCCUCCGUUUGUUUUUAAGUGGUUCUAUUUGUUCAGAUUACAAGUAAUAGGAUACAAAUUGGGGAUCAGAGAUACCAGUUUUCUGCUGAA